AGGUGGGUGGAGGAAAAAAGGUGAGAGGAGUUUGGGGGGGUGCAUGAAAGUCACAGAUGGGUUAAAGUAUAAAUGCAGUGAGUAACAAAUGAUUCACGUCCAGUCUGAUCGUAGGAAGGCUCGAGGCAGCCACAAGAUGAUUGGCCUGAUUGUUCUCGCACUCUUGGGAGCUGCAGCUGCAGCCCCCACGGAUGACAGGAUUGUAGGCGGCUACGAGUGUGCACAACACUCCCAACCCUGGCAGGUGUCUCUCAAUCUCGGCUACCAUUUUUGUGGCGGCUCCCUCAUCAACGACCAGUGGAUCAUCUCUGCUGCGCACUGCUGGCAAAACCCCUAUGCUCAGAUUGCAGUCGUGGGUGACCACCACAUCUGGAUGUACGAGGGCACGGAGCAGUACAUGUCGGUGGAAGCCAUCUACUGGCACCAGAGUUACGACUACACCACCCUGGACUACGACAUCAUGCUGAUGAAGUUGGCUCACCCCGUCACCGUGAAUGAAUACGUCAGGCCUGUUGCCCUGCCCAAAGCCUGUCCGGUGGCCGGGGACAUGUGCACAGUGUCCGGGUGGGGCAACAUCUACACUGAUCAAGUGUUCAACCCAUUCAACCUCCAGUGUGUGAAAGUCCCCAUUCUGUCCAACGUGGAAUGUGAAGGCUCCUACCCCGGCAUGAUUACCGACCGCAUGGUGUGCGCUGGAUACCUGGAGGGAGGCAAAGAUGCUUGUCAGGGGGACUCUGGUGGUCCUCUGGUGUGUAAUGGAGAGCUGCAUGGUAUCGUUUCUUGGGGCCAGGGCUGCGCUCAGCCUAACUACCCGGGCGUUUACACCAAAGUCUGCUCUCUGAUUCCCUGGAUCGACAGCAUUCUCUCCAUCAACGGCUAGGCUGUGAUCUCUCAUUGCGGAACUACAUGAGAGAGGGGAGACCAGAGAGAGAGAGAGAGAUCGAAGGAGACAGGAGGUGGUGGUGGGUGGUGUCAGAGGGGAGAGCAGCAGAGAGAGGAAACAGUGGGAGAAAGAGAAGGAGAGAGAGAGAUGUGUUCCGUCAGUGCACAGUCAAUAAAAUCUUCCAUUAUAUGA